AUGGACCGACGAAGUUGGCCGUGGAAGAAAAAGGCAUCUGAGAAAUCAACCGUUGUGAUUGAAUCUGCAGCUGAUGCUUCUUCUCAUUCUCAAGCUGAGAAGGAAACUGUUAAGAAGCCUAAGUAUGUCCAGAUUUCUGUGGAGCAGUAUACACAUCUUACAGGUCUUGAGGAACAAAUAAAGACAUAUGAUGUUCAGAUCAAAUCUUACGAGGAUCAAAUCGAAACUUAUGAGGAGCAAGUAAAAAAAUAUGAAGAACAGGUGGAGGAAUAUGAUGAGCAGGUUCAGAGUUAUGCUGAACAGGUGCAGAGAUUGAACGAGGAUAAUGAGGACUUGAAUGAGAAACUUUCUGCUGCCAAUGCAGAAAUAAUUACCAAAGAGACUUUAGUGAAGCAGCAUUCCAAGGUUGCUGAAGAUGCUGUCGCAGGUUGGGAAAAAGCUGACGCUGAAGCUUUGACAUUGAAAAAUACACUGGAAUCUGUUACUCUCUCAAAACUCACUGUUGAAGAUCGUGCUGCGCAUUUAGACGGUGCGUUGAAAGAGUGUAUGCGACAGAUACGGAACUUGAAGAAAGACCAUGAAGUGAAACUGCAUGAUGUUGCUUUAAGCAAGACCAAGCAAAUUGAAAAAAUUACAAUGGACUUUGAAAGGAGGAUCUCUGACUAUGAACAGAAGCUACUAAGAUCUGCAGCAGAUAGUGAUGCCUUAUCCAGAACUUUGCAAGAGCGGUCAAACAUGCUGGUAAAUAUCAGUGAGGAGAAAUCACGAGCUGAUGCUGAAAUCGAGCACUUGAAGAGCAAUCUAGAAAUGUGCGAAAGAGACAUAAAAUCUCUCAAGUACGAACUCCAUGUAAAUUCUAAGGAGCUGGAGAUACGCAACGAAGAAAAGAACAUGUGUAUUAGAUCUGCAGAAGUUGCCAACAAGCAACACAUGGAAGGGGUAAAGAAAAUAGCUAAGCUGGAAGCAGAAUGCCAGAGACUAAGAAGUCUUGUCCGGAAAAAGCUGCCAGGCCCAGCUGCACUUGCUCAAAUGAAGCUUGAGGUUGAGAACUUAGGCAGGGAUAACGGUGAUGCCCGGCUAAAGAGAUCUCCUGUCAAGGCUUCUAGCCCCUGCAAGUCGCCAAGGGACUAUUCAUCUUCCGGGUCUGACUUUUCUCUCGAUAGUGCACAGAAAUUCCAGAAAGAUAAUGAAUUUCUAACCGAACGGCUACUUGCAAUGGAAGAAGAGACAAAAAUGCUGAAAGAAGCACUAGCAAAGCGUAAUAGCGAGCUGCUGGAGUCACGGAUUCUUUGUGCUCAGAGCACUAGUAAGCUCCAGAACUUGGAAGCUCAAGUGCAGCAAAAUAAUUCUCGGAAGUCCUCACUUGAAGUAUGUCCAAAUCUAAAUACGAGCAAUCCAUCAAGUUCAAUCUCUGUUUCUGAAGAUGGGAAUGAUGAUUCUGGAAGUUGCAGUGGAUCGUUGUCAACAACCCCAUCACAACAGACCAAGAAAGAGGGAACAGCACCACUGGAGAAGACUGAAAGUAUUAACAGUCAUGUGGAUCUAAUGGAUGAUUUUCUUGAAAUGGAGAAGUUAGCUUGUGUGCCGAAUCAACCUAACAGAAACGGUAGUAUGGAUUCCAAAGAUUCAAGUGAUCAAAAGUCAGAACUGGUGAAUCCUGAAGCUUAUACCGAAUUAGAGGAGGGUGAUAAAGGUAGUCCGGCCGUGAUGGAACUCAGAUCUAGAUUAUCCAAGGUUCUUGAAUCUGUAUCUGCUGGUACUGACCUAAGAAAGAUCGUGAGUGAUAUAAAAUGCAUUUUGGAAGAUGUGAAUGGUUGUAUGGACCAAGACAAACCUUCUAAUGUGCAGGUUCAUCCUGAAGAAGGGGCUGAUUCAUGUUCAAAACAAAACCCGUUGGAGGAUUGUCAUUUGGCAAAAGAAAAACUGCAGAGCGUCCAGAAAGAUUUGACAAAUGCUGUUUCUAGGAUUCAUGACUUUGUUUUGUUGCUAGGAGAAGAGGUAAGGGAAGGUCAGGACACCUCUGUAGAGGGAAAUGAAUUUGCUGUACUGAUCGAGGGCUUCUCCAUCACGUUCAGCAAUGUUUUAAGUGGUGAUAAAAAUUUGGAUGAUUUUGUGUUGAAUCUUGCUAAUGUCUUCAAAGAGGCCAUGGAGCUGAAGGUAAAUAUUAAGGGUCUCACUUGCUCCGACGUUGAAGCUCUGAGUCCAGAUUGCAUAGACAAGGUUGCAUUACCUGAGAGCAAGGUCGUAGAUAAAGAUUCAUCUAAAGAAAUAUAUCAAAAUGGAUGUGUCCACAAUGAGCCAGGGAUUCCAUGUGAUGAAAACAGAGUUUCAGAGUAUGAGUCCACCUCCAAAAUACAGGAAAUAGAAGAGCUGAAGUCAGAAAAGGAAAAGAUGGCAAUGGAUAUUGAGGGGCUGAAAAUUCAGUUACAAGAAACGGAACAGCAGUUAGCUGACAUUAGAUCACAGUUUGAUUCAGCUCAGAGGUCAAACAACUUUGCAGAUACGCAACUCAGGUGUAUGACUGAGUCAUACAGAUCACUUGAAACACGUGCAGCUGAUUUAGAGAUUGAUAUGAACCAGCUUAGGGAAAAGGUACAGAGUUUGGAGAAUGAGCUUGAAAAUGAAAUACGGAACCACCAAGAAGCCAUUGCAAAGUGCCAUGAACUUGAAGAACAUAUUCAAAGAAACACUUCUUUGGUUGCUGAGGAUGACGAAGAAGGUGAUAUCAAGACCAAACAGGAGAAAGAAUUAGCAGCAGCAGCAGAGAAGUUAGCAGAGUGUCAAGAAACCAUGUUUGUGUUGGGAAAGCAGUUAAAGUCAUUACAGCCACAACCUGAGCAAAUGAGGUUACCACAAAGACAGAGCACGUCCUGUUGUGAGGAGGAGCUAAGUACCACAACUACAUCAGUCCCCAAGAACAUUGCGGUAGAUGAAAGAGAUUCAGCGGUUAACGAGGUCCCUGGAUUUAUGGGAUCUCCAGAGACUAGCGAUUUGCUGAGAUCACCAUCACCAGUGGGUUCAAGGCUUUCAAGGUCAGGUUCAUCGGGCAAUCCGACCCCGGAGAAACAUUCUAGAGGAAUAAGCAGGUUCUUCUCCUCAAAAACAGGAUAUUAG